AAGCCAUCGAAGUCGUGACGGCUCCAAGCUCAUUUUACAGUAAGAGUGACAGUGGGUGAUCGACGCCGCAUUUGGUUAAUCCAGAAUGAUCAGGUUUACCUGCCUUCGUUCUAUUUAUAGGCCUAACCCAAGCAUCUAACGCAUCGCGCAAGGCAUCUAACCAUCGCUCUCCUCCGCCUGGCUUACCGUCUGUACCAUUGUCUUCAAGAUACGCCCCCUCUCAUUACCGCCAUGAAGAGCUUUGUCUUAUUAUUCGUAUUUUUCGCUGCGAGUGAUGCCGCCUACAAACGAUGGUUACCAAACCUCAACUACGGCAACCCAAAGAACUGGAACAUUGGAAACCCACCAUGCCCAAACGACCAUGUCCUCAUGCCAGCGAUCGCUCCUAUUGUCUACAUGCAAAGCAACUCGACCGUCUUGGAACUGGUUCUUCCAAUGAAUGGUGAGAUCAUUCUGGGUUCAUCCAUGUCUUUGACGUUUCCCGCCGCGCCCAGCCUCGCCCCGGAAAACUGCCCAGGAACAGAUGCCACGUUCAACAGGACAAAACCUGAGAAUUGGUUCGACCCAAAGAACUGGUGCACAACUCAGUCAGAGACAGGUCCGUGUGAAGAACCAAGUGACCUCGACCUUGAGCUGAUGCCUUGUGCCCUUGACCAGGUCAUCUUUCCAGAGAAAAGCUCCUUUCUGGUUGACCUUGACACUUCUGACCCUAUCACUGUUGGGAUGUUGAAAAUAAGAGGAAAGGCAUACACCACAUCAACCUUCAGGCAGUUCAUUAGUGGAAAGGAGGGCAAGAAGGAGUUUGUCAGGACCAAGGGAACCGUCCUUCCCAGGGUGAACAUCCAGCAAGAGUCGUGCGAUGAUGUGACCGGCUGUGCCUGUGGAAAUGACAACUUCAAGAUAAAAUCCAAGAUCUGUGCCCUCCAGAAACCUCUCUGUCGGGCGGUGACGUGUCAAAAUAUGAUAGAACCUGAAGGAUCGUGCUGUAGACUAUGUGGAACAUCGCUUGAGUUGGAAUACACGUUGGGAUUCAGCAUAGCUUCAAUUAAGAAACUACUGAAGGAACACUUCGGAAAAGAUAAAUAUAACACCACGAAGACGAGUCUCACUAAGAUGGCCAAGGGUAAUGUCAUGAUCCUGAUCACAGACAAUGCAGAUGGAGAUGAUGCGGUCAUGAUGGGGAAAGAUAUCAAUGAUUACCUCAUGGAAGACCAAGAGAAGGACCACCGUUAUGGAAUCAAGACAAUCAUAAUCAGGUCAUCAACUUCACUGAAACCAACACCAAGUGCCAGAAAAAGUGGUCUGACCUGGGACAGAAACAUCCUCAUAGGAGUCAUCGUAGGAAGCAUAAUCUUGGUCCUCCUGAUUAUUGUGGUCACAUUUGUGGUUAUCAGAAGAAGGCGAGGCUUGUCUGGAUUUGACUUCCAACUCUUCGGCAAGAAGUCGGACGAUGGCAUCCAGUCAACCAGUUUCCAGGACUUUGGCCAGGACACCACCAGAGGAUUUGACAAUCCAUUGUAUGACAACCCACUCAAGGAGGACUAUUACCAAGACCCAACAAAGGUGGAUCCCGUCCUGAAGUUCAACCCUGUAUUCAGUUCAGAGGGAAUUGAGGAAGACAGCUCUAUCUGAUCUAAACACGGACAAGGACGAUGUAUGGCUUGCACCCACCUAAAAUCUGACAGAAAACUUUGUCACAGGGAUACAAUUCGACAUGAAGCAGCUUAUUAGUACAGUAUAACCAAGUAUAGAAUACUUGGUAUAACUUGUAGUAGUUGCUUUAGGAAUCUCUCGGGACAGCUUGAUUACUGUCAGACGUAAUUUGGUUAUAUCUGACCAAAAUAUGACACAACAAUAAUAGAAAGUUCACAUCUAGUUCAACACACUUUAUUUUAAUACAUAUGUUAAAACUGAAAAGAAAUCACCAAAGAUCCGAGGUAAAGGUUAAUGAAAAGGAGCCCUUGGUCUAGUGUGUAGGCCUAUUAAGGAAUUUGCCUGUUUUUUCUGGAAUGAAGAAAUAAUUGUGAACUGGGAUUUCAUAAUCAAUGAACAUUGUGACUUGGGAUGGCUUGCAGUGUGCUGCAGGUCCUUGGUUAUCCGACCAAGACUGCUCAGGUUGACCACAAAUUGCGUCCAAAACACUUUGGCUAACGCCUCAGGUUUUUGUCUGAUUUUCAGUCUACCCACGUGGUCUUAAUCAGGCAACCAAGGACUGCCAGCCUGGUAUUAAUUCCUUAAACGAAACCAUUUAUUCUUCAGAUAACAAAAGUAAUUUACCAAUGAGGCUACAACAACACUGUCCAUUUGCUAAAUAAUGCUGUUAGUCAUAUAUAUUACACAAUGUAGUCACUUCAUGGUAGAACCAAGACUAUCUGUAUACAAACAUAAUAGGUGCUACACAGUAGCACUGGUUCUAGUAUGGCCAAAACGCACACUUCAGUCCUCAAUCUUUCAUUUCAAAUAAAUCUAUGCACAUUGUCGUGAAUUUACACAUUUCCUGGAUAAUAAAAGAUUGA